GGCGGCAGGGAAUGCGCCGGCGAGCGCCGCGCGGAUCUCGGAGCCCGCGGCAGCGCGCGUUCGCAGGCGGCGCGGUCCAGACCCCGGCCCCGCCUGCGCUGCUGGCCCGGCGGCGGCACCCCGGGGCUCCCCGUGCUCCGCGGCCGCCUCCAGCCGCGGGCGUCUAUAGAUCCUGACGUUCCAGCCCUUUCCCACUUUCCUCACUCUUUAUCUGGAUGGGAAGUUGGGGAAAAUGGACAGGAUCGUGGUGAGGUGGAUUGCUGUCUUCUGGCUAGCAGCCAUGGCUAAAGGCCUUCAGGUCACAGUGCCCGACAAGAAGAAGGUGGCCAUGCUCUUCCAGCCCACUGUGCUUCGCUGCCAUUUCUCCACGUCAUCCCAUCAGCCUGCAGUCGUGCAAUGGAAGUUCAAGUCCUACUGCCAGGAUCGCAUGGGAGAAUCCCUGGGCAUGUCCUCCCUUCGGGCCCAGUCUCUCAGCAAGAGAAACCUGGAGUGGGACCCCUACUUGGAUUGUUUAGACAGCAGGAGGACUGUCCGAGUGGUAGCUUCAAAACAGGGCUCGACUGUCACCCUGGGAGAGUUCUACAGGGGCAGAGAGAUCACAAUUGUUCAUGAUGCAGAUCUUCAAAUUGGAAAACUCAUGUGGGGAGACAGUGGACUCUAUUACUGUAUUAUCACCACCCCCGAUGACCUGGAGGGCAAAAAUGAGGACUUCGUGGAAGUGCUGGUGUUGGGCAGGACAGGGCUGCUUGCUGAUCUCUUGCCCAGUUUUGCUGUGGAGAUUAUGCCAGAGUGGGUGUUUGUUGGCCUGGUGAUCCUGGGAGUCUUCCUCUUCUUCGUCCUGGUGGGGAUCUGCUGGUGCCAGUGCUGCCCUCACAGCUGCUGCUGCUAUGUCCGCUGUCCAUGCUGCCCAGAUUCCUGCUGCUGCCCUCAGGCCUUGUAUGAAGCAGGGAAAGCAGCAAAGGCCGGGUACCCUCCCUCUGUCUCCGGUGUCCCUGGCCCUUACUCCAUCCCCUCUGUCCCUUUGGGAGGAGCCCCCUCAUCUGGCAUGCUGAUGGACAAGCCACAUCCACCUCCCUUGGCACCAAGUGACUCUACUGGAGGAAGCCACAGUGUUCGCAAAGGUUACCGGAUCCAAGCUGAUAAAGAGAGAGACUCCAUGAAGGUCCUGUACUAUGUUGAGAAGGAGCUGGCUCAGUUUGAUCCAGCCAGAAGGAUGAGAGGCAGAUAUAACAACACCAUCUCAGAACUCAGCUCCCUGCAUGAGGGGGACAGCAAUUUCCGCCAGUCUUACCAUCAGAUGAGAAGCAAGCAGUUCCCUGUGUCUGGAGACCUGGAGAGCAAUCCUGACUACUGGUCAGGUGUCAUGGGAGGCAACAGUGGGACAAGCCGGGGGCCUUCAGCUGUGGAGUAUAACAAAGAGGAUCGAGAGAGCUUCAGGCACAGCCAGCAGCGCUCCAAAUCUGAGAUGCUGUCCCGGAAGAACUUCGCCACUGGGGUGCCAGCAGUCUCCAUGGACGAGCUGGCGGCCUUUGCAGACUCCUACGGCCAGCGGCCCCGCCGGACCGACGGCAACAGCCACGAGGCCCGGAGCGGGAGCCGCUUCGAGCGCUCGGAGUCCCGGGCGCAUGGGGGCUUCUACCAGGACGGCUCCCUGGAGGAGUAUUACGGCCAGCGCAAUCGCAGCCGCGAGCCCCUGACCGACGCGGACCGCGGGUGGUCCUACAGCCCCCCGCGCCGACGGCCGGCCGAGGACGCGCACCUGCCGCGGCUGGUGAGCCGGACGCCGGGCACGGUGCCCAAGUAUGACCACUCGUACCUGGGCGGCGUGCUGGAUCGGCAGCCCCGGCCCGAGGGCGCCAGCCGUGGCGGCAGCCUGGAGACACCGUCCAAGCUGAGCGCCCAGCUCAGCCAGCGAAGCGCCUCCUACUAUGCCUGGUCGCCGCCGGGCACCUACAAGGCUGGAGCGCCGCAGGACGACCAGGAGGAUGCGUCCGACGACGAAGACACGCUGCCGCCCUACAGUGAGCUGGAGCUGACCCGCGGCCCGUCCUACCGCAGCAGAGACCUGCCCUACCACAGCAACUCUGAGAAGAAGAGGAAAAAGGAGCCGGCCAAGAAAACUAGUGACUUUCCAACCAGGAUGUCCCUUGUGGUCUGAUGUUUCGACAUCUCUCUGAGUAACCAGAAAUCACAUGCAGACUACGGGGACAAGACACAUACCCAAGAGCCAAGUAGGACCAGGACCUUCUCUGGCCAUCACCUUGGAAGAUUUGCUGACCUCUGCUUUGGAAGAUUUGCUGACCUCUACUUUGGCAAAAGAUGGGAGGCAGCCUUUAAAGGAGGCUGAUUUCAAACCUCUGUUCCCGUCUAACUAGUUUGAGAAACUUACCAAGAAAAUGACAUAUGGGAAUAUUCCCACAUACAGAGUUUCUCACCCAUAGAGUUUAUGUCCAACCUCCUUCCUUAGUAAAACCAGGACUCCAUUUCCAAUUUUAAAAGAGAAUUAGCUCUUAACUGCUAAUCUCCAGAAAUUGCCUAUGCCUACAGUAUGCUUUUCUAUACCUCCUGUGCUAUGCUUAGAGACAGAAGAAUUUAUAACUACUAUUAGAAGGCUUUCUGCUGACAAAGGAAGAUAGCUUCAAGGCAAAAUGUACCUUUUAUACCCAUCACUUCCCAGUCACUAGUCAAUGACUAUUGUUACACUAAAAUCAAAAGGCCUUUGGUGAGCUCAGUGACAGUGACCUCUGGGACAAUCUCAGAAAUGACUUCAAUUUGCCGUUAUAAAUGACAAUUCUUGAGUGGCUGGGACAAAACAAAAGAGAGUGUAUCUUUUGAAAGCUGCCUAAGUGGUAUUUCUUUUUCCACUCCUAGAACAUGAACUGCUUUUUCUCCUUCUGCUCUCACAUCUGUAUCUGAAUUUUGGACGCAAAGGGCUCUUCUCUUUCUCUCCUCUCUGGAACUUUCCACAGGUUGGUGCCACACAAAGAGCCCCACCCCACUCUGCACUCUGAUUAGGUUGUCAUCAGGUGCCUUUUGAUAAAUACUUAAACCAGACACAUGAAAGAGAAGAGGGAGAAAAAGAGGAGAAAACAGUAACUCAAAUAGAAAAGAAUGAGAAAGAAUUUAAGAGGAGAAUGACAUAUUUGGAAUGUGGGUCAUUUCCGCUACAAAUUCCAUUCAGUCUUUUCUGGUUUUGUGCUUCAUUUACCAUGAAUUGUUUCUGCCAUUCCAGGACACCAGAGAUGUGGAGCAUGCAUCUCUUGCCCGAACUAGGCCACCACUGUAGAUACUUACGGGAGAAAAAGGCUAUUGCUUUCUCCGGAAGGAGCGCUUCCUGUUUCCACCCUUGCUUAAGUAAUGUAUUUUGCCUGAAUCCAAAAGCUAGAACUGCGUGGAUUUUGUAAUUUGUAUAGAUUUUUAAAUGGCCACAAAUUCCUCCCUUCUCAUUGAGAAGUGCAGUCUUUUCCACCCCUUGCAUCAGAAAUUGGCCACAUGAUUUGAUUUGACCAAUGGCUCAAUAGCAAAUGUGAUACAAGUAAAGACUGAAAGUUCUUAUGAACGGGGUCCACCUUUCUUGCUGCUCAUGGGAACCUUGACCACCAGCAAGUGAAUGAGCCUGGACUGUCUUCUUGCAUGAAGAGAGAAAAGAGCUCAAUUACUCCUGAUCCCCCAUCUGACAACCUGUCAACCCUCAGCGGAUUGCAAACAUAUGAGUGAGUCCAGCCAAGACCAAAAGAAGAACUGCCUUGCUGAGCCUAGCCCAAAUUUCUGAUUCCUACGCCAGGCGUGAGAGUUGACACACUUUAUAUGUUCAUUUCUCUUCAAGGACAAAAUUGACUCUUCUUGUCCAGUGUUCUCUGAAUCCCUUACUCCCUCCAAACAUAGGUGUCUCACAGCCUCUGCUUUAUCUUACAGGCUUUUUAUCAAAGCAUUUCACCCUGUACAGUUAUAAUGGGAAACAUGAUUGGGUUAAAUCACUAAGGGACAAUAAUGCUUGACCUUGCUGUCCCCUAAUCCAGCAGUGGUUCAUUCCCUAUCUCUGGAUCCAUGAAAAACCUCUGAAGGAUGUUUCUUUUUUCAGUAUCUCCUUGGUUUUCUCCAGAGCCAUCUGACUGGAGCUGGGCCCUGUUGUCAGAGUACCAUUCCACUAGUAUCCAUUGUACUUCAUGAUAGAAAUUUAAAAAAAAAAUUCCCAUGUUUGCAAUGAAAUAAAGAAGCGGCUGAGUGCGAGUCAGAGGGAUGAACUGGUAUACUACUUGGAGAAUUGGCCCACCUAAGGACUUCAUAGAUGCUUUGGUGUAUUCCAGAGCAACCAGGAGGACAGAGUUCAAACCAGUGCUGGCACUUCCAAGGGCUGGAAGACACAAGCCAUAACCCUGGUGCUGAGAUUUUUAGACUUGCUGGUGUCCCUGGCCUCUGAAAGCCUGUCUGUUUGGGUCCCAGUUCAGAUGGAAAAGAUGAUGAAAACAUCAUUUUGUAGUCACCAGCUUUGGAUUUCAACUUGCUCAGGCAAUUUUGAAGAAUAUUGGGUAGCUGCAGCAGCUAUUAUCACUUUCUACUGAGCACUGUGUCAGGCUUCUCACCACCAAAGAGCCCCGUAGCACCAACUACAGAGACCAAAAAUGUUGCUUUUUUUUUUUUUAAGCUGCAGGCAUGUAUGAUUUUGUUGAAGAUAGCAAUGAGAGAGAUAGCAAUUGGAAACCUGUAAUUCCAAAGACAGCAAAACUACGUAAGACAGACAAUAAAAAAAUACAAGGAAGAUAGCAGGCUACUGGAAUUACCUGGGGGGGUCAGGACCAGGUUGUCCUCUGUAGGGCUGCAUAAAUCACUCAGACUUCCAGGCCUUCAGUAGAGAGAAAAAGCAAUUGUUUCUGAGUGUGUAGGCAGGAGAUAAGACUAAAUAAACAAGUCAAGGCCAAGCUGGCUAUCCUGAAUACCCCUGGCUUUUCUCUCUGUAUCCCUUUGUUUCUUUUCCCUUGAAUAGUGUGUCCUUCAUAGGAAGUACAUGUUAGCUUCCUUCCUAGGUUUUGUUUGAGUACAAAAUAAGUCUCGUGUAAGACAUGAGCUCUGUUUACUGGGACCCCUCAAUUUAAUAGGGAAAUAAGACAUACCCAAGAAAGAAUUAGGAGAUUUUAUAUAUAUAGUAUGAAAUAGCACUAUGGAUAAAUAAAAAUAA